ACUUUUAAGAGGUCAAAAUUCACAGCAAGUACAAACUUUCACAAGAUUCUCAGAGCUUUAAACACGCUUGCACCUAGUUUGAUGGCAAAGCCUACACAUACAGUCCCCCCAAAAAUAAGUACAAGCACUCGAUUUUAUCCUUAUUUCAAGGAUUGUAUUGGAGCUCUUGAUGGUACGCACAUUGAUGCGAUGGUACAAGGUCCUGAAAAGGCAAGUUAUCUUAAUCGAAAGGGAGUCAUUUCUCAAAAUGUACUAGCCGCUUGUAACUUUGAUCUUGAGUUCAUAUAUGUCUUAAGUGGAUGGGAAGGUUCAGCUCAUGACUCAAAAGUUCUGCAAGAUGCGUUAACAAGAAGAAUUAACAGGCUCCAAGUACCAGAAGGAAAAUAUUAUUUAGUUGAUUGUAGUUUACAUUAUAACAUAAAAAGUUAUGUAUAA